UUUCGCUUUUCGCCCUCCCGAAGUCGUCACUGAACUUCCGUUCCUGACAGCAACUUCAGUAAGGGGACAGAUUUUCAACUUGCCCUAUUUCAUGGAUUUCUUUCAGCCAUAGCAGGAAAAGCUGCCAUACCCAUGGACAAUGCUCUUCAGAAAAUAUCCGACUUACUGUGAUCGUUUACGGCAGGACAUGGCAUUCCUAACGAGCAACGGCAGGCUGAGCGAGCAGCUGGUUGACAAAAUUAUCCUUCAGCUGAACAGAGUUUACCCUCAAAUUCUUACCAAUAAAGAAGCAGAAAAGUUCCGAAACCCCAAAGCUUCUCUUCAUAGUCGGCUGUCAAACCUAAUAGCCCACUUGCAGAAGGAAGGCGACAAACCAUGUCAAGAAUUCUACCGUGCUUUGCAGAUCAAUGCUGAACAGCUGUAUAACAACUUGCCAAGCAGAAGAAUUCUAAAAACCUCAGAUUCCACAGGGAUAAACCCUGAGAAGGAGAAAUGUAUUCUAAAUGACAGGGGUCCUACAUUCUUCCUUGCCUGCUUCAGCAUCGCCGCAGGAUUAGCCUUCUACAUGUAUUGCUGUAACUCAGAUUCAAAAGUCCUAGGAGGAGCCAAGAAGAUUCUGGGGUUUUCUCCAAUCAUCAUAGGAAGACACGUUAGGAAUAUUUGUAUGUUGUACAUGGAAGACGCACCAAGAAAGAAAUAAGAAUAAACUGGCACACCAGUCUAGCAUGAAAUUUUCCUGCCGGCGGAAGGGCUACAUUGUCAAAAGAUAUGCUAUUUUCUUAUACCAAAGAUAUAACUAACCUGUGGCUUCAGCAGUGUAUAUUUGCUGCUUCCAAGGGCUUUUAAAGGGUCAGCUAUAUAUGCCUUUUACUUGUGGGAGUGGAUGUUUUUAUUUUUUGUACAAGCUUAAACUAUUUAUCACUUGAAUUAAAAAAAAAAGAAUUUUUAAUGCAAGCUUUUAAACAUGUGCCCUCAGUCAUUGCAAAGUCUUAAAAGUCCUCCCAUGUCCUGUAUUUGUAUUCUAUUCUGGUCUAGAGGCACACCGAAAAGUGAUUCCCUCUGCAAGAUGGGCAGAGAGCUUUU